CGAGCGAGGCCCCGCAGCGAGCGAGCGGAGAACCGAUCCGGCAGUCGAGAAGUGGGACCACGGAAAAUAAACGUGCAGAAGUGGGGGUCGAUUCAAGAAUCGAUGUGGACACCCUCACCUACCAAAGUCAUUCACCUAACGGUCAUCGGCGCGUCAAGAGUCUUCGUCUUCUUCCGUUAUCCGGUCUCGCCAAUCGCAAAGGCUCACGUUCGCCAUCGGUCAGUUUGCAAUCUGUCGUGCGAAAGAAGGUUUUAAGUAGAGUGACGGAGUUUAAAUAGAAGAUACAUAGACACUUCACCCGAUUCAAAGUUCCGGAAAACUGCCCGCAAAACUAGAGUAGUGACUUCUCAACAAAAACGAACAAUUUCGAACAGUGCCUUAAUAGAGUUGUUAAGUUGUUAAUUAUGAGAGACUCUUUUCCAAAAGUGUUCUCGUUUUAGUGAAAUUGUGUGACUGAUCGUGCGUUUUUCUGUGAUUUUGCUUCUACCUGUGAACGCCCGAGAACAAAAUCUUGCUAAAAUGGAAAAGUAUAUCAGGAGACAAAUCCUCGAGAAAUAAUUGUGAUACAAUGGAAUGCUCUAUCUGAAAUCGCUGCCGAAUAAUGGUCGUAUCUGCCCAACGUUAAUCCAUUAUAACAAUAAAAAUGAACCAACAGUGCAAGGUGUGUGGCGAACCAGCGGCUGGCUUCCACUUCGGUGCAUUCACCUGCGAGGGUUGCAAGUCUUUCUUCGGGCGCUCCUACAACAACUUGAACAGCAUCGCCGACUGCAAGAAUGACGGCAAGUGCGUGAUAAAUAAGAAGAAUCGCACCGCGUGUAAAUCUUGCCGCCUACGGAAAUGUAUCUUCGUCGGCAUGUCGAAAUCUGGCUCGCGAUACGGUCGCAGGUCAAACUGGUUCAAAAUCCACUGUCUAUUACAGCAGCAACAGCAACAAGAGCAACAGCAGCAGCUAGAGCAGCAUCAGAUGCAACAGCAACAGCCAUUGCAACAGCGACAGCAACAUCAGCAGCAACACUACCAACCGGCUAUUCUCAUGUCGCACCAACUAUCGCAACAGCAACGGAAUCCAACAAGCUCGCCCAUCCAUGGUAUGCAUGGUAAUCAGUGUAGGGACGAAACCUUGAUGAUGAACGCGGACGACUACAAAAACUCCAACUCACCUAACAUAAGUUCGCCCGAGUCCCACAAUAGCGACAGCUCCGUCGAUGUCUCUGAAAGGAGAGCGGCCUUCGCCGGACAUCCCAGUAUCCGGCCGCUUCCGCACUUGCCACCAGUUGAUUUGUCUGCUCUGAGUCUGCCAUUGGGCUUUCCUCUCAGCGGUAUGUCUCUUUUGCCGUCGCCUUUCAUACCACCACCUAGCAUCGCCAUAUUUCCACCCUACGCUCACGUAUAUGCGACGUCGCACAACACAUCCCAUCACCUCAUGGCGAAUCAUCCGUCCAAUAUGCCACAACGUUCGCCAGUGCCUACGAGCGAUGAAAACGACGAACCCACAACUGCGACGACGUCGACCGUGACAACGACCACAGCUACGACCGCGUUAAGAAUCUCAACGUCGUUAGCCUAUAACAAAGACUCCUACGAAAAAAAUAACAAUAACGACCGAUUCUGCUUAGAUAUGGUCCUAAAGAGCGAGCAGACGUCGGAAAGACCGCGGAAGAGAAUGCUUUCCGAAGAUAACUCAACCGAGUGCAGCCCGGAACGGGAAGUCACUUGCUCACCACCGCAAGAUAAUCCGAUGGAUCUUUCCAUGAAAACCGUCGCGACACCCGAUCGUACACAAAAGGAAAUAGACGAUGAAAUAGACAAUGCCAGUGAUGCAGAAAACUCAGCUGCGAAGAAACCGAUCGAUUUAACGACAAAAUCUUAAGAUUUGAUAUAUAAUUCGAAAGAAUGAGGUGAAUUGAGAUGAAACAAGGACGUUCUUCUUUCUUCUCUAAUGGACAUCUGUUCCUAUUGGGACAAAGUGUAAUCGCGCUUUAUUUAAAUUUACUCACCUAUAGUUGUUCGUCAGUUUUAUUCUAUUUCAAAACCGGGAAUGUGUGUUUUGUAAUAAUAUUAUUAUUAAUUUCACACGGAGAGAAUGUUUUUAUCUCGUUAUUCUCUGGUUACAAGAUCCCGUGUUCACGAAUAGCUUUCUUGGUUGUUCUGUCGUCCAUAUGCACAGGAUUGCUAUGGAUUAACUUUCGAAAAUUCAUACCGUUUGAUAUUAGAAAUGGUAUGCCACAAAGCCAAAUGUUUUCGGCUUAUCUCUAGCUUUAUUCAAUCAAGCGCAAUCGUCGUUGAGCGCUAACAAAAAUUAUAUUUCGUUCAAUAAAUGCGAACUCGAAAAAUGAUUUGUUUAUGUCGAUUAGAUUUUUAAAUAGCGAUAAAAUAGUUUAUUGGUGAGGCACUUAUGUUGGUAUGCAUAUUUUAUCAUUUAUUGUUGGCGAGAGAACGAAUUUCAUGUUAAUUCUAUAUAUAUUCGAAUUAGCAUUCAAAAUGCGGACUAAGAAAAACAGUCUUGAAGAAUAGUACUGCUUCUUUCA